AUGCCUCCCAAGAAGACCACCACCGAGGACGGUUCCCCCACUGGUCUCACCGACGGUGAACUUCGCUUCAUCAAGGCCAUCUUCGACAACAUGACCCAGAAGCCCGACGCCGACUGGGACGCCGUCGCCACCACCCUCGGUCUCAAGGAUGCCAAGUGCGCCAAAGAGCGCUUCCGCCAGAUGUCUGUCCGUCACGGCUGGCGCGACCAGUCUAGCGGCGGUGCGGCUGCUAGCCCCCGCAAGGCUGCCGCCGGCGACAAGGUCACCAAGAAGCGCGCCACUCCUCGCAAGAAGGCUGCUGCCAAGAAGGCCGAGAAGGAUGAGGAGGACGAGGAGGCCAAGGAGGAAGUCAAGGCUGAGGACAAGAAGGAGGUUGUCAAGUCGGAGGAUGCUGACGAUGACACUGAGUGA